AUGUCUUUUAUCCAAACUUCUACUACCACCUCGUCAUUUCCAACCUUUCAAAAUGACAAUACGAUGAACAAAAUUUCAAGGCUACAAAAAAUUUUUGCAAAAAGAAUUCGUGCGAAUGGCCUAUUGCCUUUUCUUAACCUAGAGAAGAUACAUCCUUGUUCCGACUAUAAAGUUAAAACACUUGAUAAUUUAGACGAAGAUUCGGCAAAGUCUCCAAAUAAAUCAUAUCAUAAGGAACCAAAAAUAAAUACUCCUCGACAAAAAUCAAUUUUACUUCCAUACGCUGCAACACAAUUACGCGUAUCACCAACAUCCCCAUUAUCGGAUUUCGUAUCAACAUCACCCGAUCUAAAUACUGGUAAUCUAUUGAAUGCAUUCGGUAUUUUGAAACCUGUACCCAACCCUCCUCCUCCUUCUAGAGGAACUUUCUUCGAAAAAAGAAUGAUUUUAUUUAACCCUCCUCCACCAAAAGCAAUCGUACUUGAUCAGCAAUAUCACAUUAACAAACGUAAACUUGGUGGUAAAAUGAUGAAAAAUAAAUUUACUACCGUUGUCCCCACUCCAUUUGUUUUUGGUAGUUUUAAUGAUACGAAUAAAAUAAAAUAG